CAUUGGUAUUUUAUAUAUAUAUAUUUGGUGUAUUUAUAGAUUCUUGAUGACCCAUCUGGAAACAGCUUUAUAGAGAAUUUUCUUGCACCACAGAAGGACCCAAACAUGCAGAUAACGUAUUACACUCGAAGUAAUGAACAGGAUCAAAUGUUGGGAAUAAUGAGUGGAGGAAGAGAAAGCUCUGAGAAUGAUGUAAAACAGAAUCCAAACGUCAGUGAUAAUACUGAACUUACUGAUGAGCACUUGAAAGAUGAAGUUCUGAACUUCCCAACUAAUUGUUCACACUGUAAUUCCCCAUGCCCAACGAGGAUGAAAGUUACAAAAAUUCCUCAUUUCAAGGAAGUUAUAAUAAUGGCUACAACAUGUGAUAUUUGUGGCUACAAAACAAAUGAGGUAAAAAGUGGUUCAGGCAUUGAACCUCUUGGGACAAGAAUUCAGUUUAAGAUAACAGAUCCAAGUGAUAUGACUCGUGAUAUUUUAAAGUCUGAAACAUGUAGUAUUGAGAUUCCAGAGUUGGUUCUGGAGGUAGGUGCUGGGACCCUUGGUGGACGAUUCACUACAAUAGAGGGAUUGCUAAACAAUAUCAAGGACCAGUUAAACGAAGACAGUCCUCUCAUCCAAGGAGACAGUGCUGACACUUCAAUGAAACAGAGGCUUGAUAAAUUCUUAAAGAGGCUACAAGAGGUGAUUGACUGUCGUAUGCAAGCAACGAUAAUUCUUGAUGAUCCAUGUGGAAACAGCUACCUCCAG